GUAGGAUUCAUUAGAACGUAACUAGUGCCAUUCUCUUCUUACAGAGUACGAGUGAUGUUGCGCUCCUUGUAGGUGGCAGACUUUCCAGUGUGGUCGUUCUUGAUCUCGUAACGGACAUCAUUAGUGGAUCCUUGCUCUUGAACGAUCUUCUGGAUGACACCGGUAGAGGUGCUAGUACCAGAGGCACCACCAAUCUAACUUGUUAGAACUUGCUUACGAAGAGGAUUUUGUCUUGGGAACUUACGGGGUGGUACUCGACUUUCAUUCCUUCGUGAAACUUGGGCAUGUUGAUAAUUGUGAAACUUUAAAACUCAAUAGACAGACGAGGUUGUGUGUUUCGAUGGUUUGAAUGAUCAACGGAGUCAAGAUUUAUACACAAGAAACUGCCCUUGAUGUAAUCAUCUGUCAUUCGGAACAUGACAAGGUCAUUAUGUCAAAAAAGGUACAGGGCCUAUCCCAGACACCAGGAACUGUGAAACAAUAACUCGCAAAGAUUGCUGUAGGAGCACUUUAUUUAGUGUACCGAGACGGAAAUUGCGACAGAACGUGUCUCAACACGCUUAGACUGGUUGCUGAAGGCACGGCCCUCUCGUUGCAUCAUUCAGACCGAAGAAGUUGGCCGUUGAGAAGCGUUCCGGCACUCCAAACACACACUACAUUCGUUUCGACGUCCUCAUGUGGCAAUAACUUCACCGCUGAAACUCGUAAACUCUCCUUCAGUGUUUCGUUUUUCUGUUUGGGAGCAUUUCUCCACUGGACUCGCAGUGUUCCUGCCUUCUCCCAAGUCCACCACAAAAAAGGAAAAAAAGUUACAGAAUGUUGCGCCGAGCAGCUCGUGAGCGGAGACAGUACAUUUAUAAAAGAAAUAAAGAGCUUCAAGAGGCUAAACUAAAUGAAAAACGACGUGCUUUAAGAGUGGCCUUGGAAUCCAACAAGGAACUACCAAAAGAAGUCCAAGACGACACCCAACUGCAAAAAGACUACAAAUACGAUGAAAGCAAAACCGCAGCGACAGACGAUGUUCCAGAGAUUGACGACGAAUAUGGCACGAUCGGUGAGCGGGAGCCUAAGGUCUUGGUGACGACCAGUCGUGAACCGUCCUCUAGACUGGCUCAGUUUGCAAAGGAAAUGCGUCUUCUCAUACCCAACGCAUACCGUUUGAAUCGUGGUAACAUUGUCGUCGGAAGCCUGGUCGAAGCUGCUCGUGCGAAUGACGUUACAGACAUAGUCGUCUUGCACGAACAUCGCGGUAAUCCUGACGGACUUGUUAUUUCACACUUGCCGUACGGACCAACUGUUUCUUUCACCUUGCACAACGUCGUGCUCCGUCAUGACAUUCCAAAUACCGGCACGAUGUCCGAAGCGUAUCCUCACUUGAUUUUCCACAACCUUACCACGAAGCUUGGUAAGCGUACUCAAAAAGUUCUGUCAGCCUUAUUCCCUCCAGAACCCAAGGACACGACACCUCGUGUUGUGACCUUUGCAAACAACUCUGACUACAUCAGUUUCCGGCAUCAUGUCUACGUGAAAAGCGGACCCAAAGAUGUCGUUCUGUCAGAGGUGGGUCCUCGUUUUGAGAUGCGUCUUUACGAGAUUCGUUUGGGAACUCUGGAUAUGGAGGACGCUGACGUGGAAUGGAAACUGAAGCCUUACCAGCGUCACAAGCGUGACGUCUUGGCCGAGUAAGGAAAACGCGGAAAAAUUGGGUACAUGUUUAAUUACUUUCUUUUCUUUUUUUUUGGUUUGUACGUUAGACGAUAGAUGGAAUCGUUUGCCUGUAUGAAAUAGCAUUUACAAUGGGAACCAUGCGAGAUGA